GUGUGCUUCUGGACGCCUGAGAAGUCUCUUGAAGGUAGUUCCCCUCUGGUGAGGAUGGGAGCGUGCUGAGGUCUGAAAUCCGAGAUCCCUCGCAGCCUGGAGCUGGUGAGGUCCCAGUAAAAGCUGUUUGCCUGCUCUCCCUUCCCGAGCAGUCACACCGCUGCACUGGCCUGGGCAGUAUGGAGCGAGCACCCUGGACACUUGUAGGACUCACUCUUCUCCAGCUCCUGCUCAUCUCCUGCUUGCCAAGAGAGUACACAGUGAUCAAUGAAAACUGCCCAGGAGCUGAAUGGAAUAUCAUGUGUCGGGAAUGCUGUGAAUAUGACCAAAUCGAGUGUGUCUGCCCAGGACAGAAAGAACGAGUGGGCUACACCAUUCCCUGCUGCAGGAACGAGGAGAAUGAGUGUGACUCCUGUUUAAUCCACCCAGGCUGCACCAUCUUUGAGAACUGCAAGUCCUGUCGCAAUGGCUCCUGGGGAGGGACACUUGACGACUUCUACAUCAAGGGAAUCUACUGUGCAGAGUGCAGAGCUGGCUGGUAUGGAGGGGACUGCAUGAGGUGUGGGCAGGUUCUUCGGGCUUCCAGAGGUCAGAUUUUGCUGGAGGGUUACCCACUGAAUGCACGAUGUGAAUGGACUAUCCAUGUUCAAGCUGGAUUUAACAUUGAGUUAAGAUUUUCCAUGCUGAGCCUGGAAUUUGAUUAUAUGUGCCAGUAUGACUAUGUGGAGAUUCGUGAUGGGGACAAUUUGGACAGUCGAAUAAUAAAGAAAUUCUGUGGAAAUGAGAGGCCACCUCCCAUCCGAAGCACUGGGUCUUCACUCCAUGUCCUCUUCCAGUCUGAUGGAUCCAAGAACUUUGAUGGAUUUCAUGCUGUCUUUGAAGAAAUUACAGCUUGUUCUUCAUCUCCAUGUCUUCAUGAUGGGACAUGCAUUCUGGACAAAAGCAGCACCUACAAGUGUGCCUGUCUGGCUGGCUAUACAGGGAAUCGCUGUGAAAACUUGGUGAUGUGUAGGACUCCAGGUGCUCCCGCUCAUGGUAUUGUGGAAGGAGAUGACUUUAAAUACGGGGCCCGGGUUUACUUCAAGUGCAACGCAGGUUACAGCUUAAAAGGCAGCCGUGUUGCCUACUGUCAGCUUGAUGGGAUUUGGUCAACACAUCAUCCUGAAUGUGUUCUAGAAGAAAAAAACUGCUCAGAUCCUGGUGGUCCACUCAAUGGCUACAGAAGAGUAGUAGAAGACACUGGGGUCUUGAAUGGACGCUAUGCCAAAAUUGGCACAGUCAUUGCUUUCUUUUGUAACAACUCGUAUGUUCUUAGUGGCAAUGAACAAAGGACCUGCCAAGACGAUGGAGAAUGGUCAGGGAAGCAACCAAUCUGCAUAAAAGCCUGCAGAGAGCCGAAGAUCUCUGACCUGGUGAGACAAAAAGUGCUUCCAAUGCAGGUUCAGUCAAGAGAAACACCUUUGCAUCAACUUUACUCUUCUGCAUUCAGCAAGCAAAAGCUUCAAAUCUAUCCAACCAAGAAGCCAGCACUGCCAUUUGGAGAACUGCCCCCAGGGUACCAGCACUUGCACACUCAGCUCCAGUACGAGUGCGUUUCUCCUUUCUACCGCCUCCUGGGCAGCAGCAGGAGGACUUGCCUGAAGACAGGAAAAUGGAGUGGGAGAGCCCCUGUGUGUGUUCCAAUUUGUGGAAAAGCAGAAAACAUCACCCUUAAGAAGGCAGUGACCUCUGUGAGGUGGCCAUGGCAAGCAGCCAUCUAUCGCACAGCCAACGGGGUGAAGGAGAACAGCCUCCGGAAAGGGGCCUGGAUCCUGAUCUGCAGCGGGGCCCUGGUGAAUGAGCGCACCGUUGUGGUGGCAGCCCACUGUGUCACUGACCUGGGCAAGACCAUCGUGCUCAAGACAGCAGAGCUCAAGGUGGUUCUGGGCAAAUUCUACAGAGAUGAUGACAGGGAUGAAAAGACCAUCCAGAACCUGAGGAUUUCUGCCAUCAUAGUGCAUCCCAAUUAUGACCCUAUAUUACUUGAUUCUGAUAUAGCUGUCAUAAAACUCUUGGACAAAGCCAGGAUCAGCAGUCGUGUUCAACCCAUUUGCUUGUCGUCUUCUCAUGACUUGACUUCAUCCACAGAGGAUUUAAAGAUAAUGGUUACUGGCUGGAAGGUACUGGCUGACAUUAAAGAUCUCGGAUACAAGAAUGACACAAUCCGCAUGGGAGUUGUUCAGAUGGUGGAUUCACUGUUGUGUGAGCAACAGUAUGAGGAUAAUGGGAUACAAGUCAGCAUCACUGACAGCAUGUUCUGUGCCAAACAAGACCACACAGCCUUUUCUAAUAUUUGCCCUGCUGAAACUGGUGGGAUUGCUGCCAUAACUUUGCCAGGAAAAGCAUCUCCUGAGCUAAGGUGGCACCUGAUGGGAUUAGUGAGCUGGGGUUAUGAUAAAACUUGCAGCCUAGAACUCUACAGUGGCUACACCAAAGCUCUUCCCUUCAAAGACUGGAUUGAGAAGAACAUGAAAUAAAAAUCUGAUCCUGGAAAUGGCCUUUUAUAAUAUAAUAUCUCUCUCAGUCUCUGCUACUUUAGGCUUCUCAUCCCAGUGAUGAGACACAUCUGGGAUAAGGUUAAGGCAGGCAGCCUGGUAAUUUGUCCUAGGAUCAGAUAUUUCAUCGGGCUACUUUUACUUAACCCAUGACAGAGGGUCUUAGUGCAUGAGAAGUUUUGUAAUAUUUUGUCUGUCUCCCCUGGUGGGAGGACGAUGCUCUGCUCCUGAGUCUGACAUGCAGAAACAGGACAGUAAAUUCUGUCUGAAAUUAAUCUGUAGUGUGGAGCUCCCUGGAGAAAUUAUGGUGAGCCUCUCCCAAAGAUCUGUGUGACUGAGUGGAUUAAGAGUCUGGAAAGAGUAGCCUGAAUUCAUUACGACGGAUGAGCUUGUUGUGGUAUGUGCUGUCUGUAUUGCCAUAGUACAAUGUAAUCUUCUUCCCUCCCAAGUACUUUACACAUUUAAAUAAACCAUGUUUUGUUUUUUUAACCUA